CCCAAAUAGUACUUGACGGCCCAAUCCAAAUCCUCCAGAUAUCGGUAGGUGAUUCUCAGUGAGGAGAGAGAAGCAGGAACUGAGAGUGUAAAAUAGUAGUAGGAAGAAGAAGAUCAGAUGAUGAUGAACAUGGAGAAGAAGUAUAAUUACUGAUAAGUCCAUGAAUUCUUCUUCUUCUUCAUUUUCUAAUACCAUCACUCUGUAAGUUCUUCUGAAAUUUUCUUCUUCAUUUUUUAGAUUUUUUUUUUUUUUUUGGUUUCUAAAUUUUAUCCGUUUGGUCUGUCAGAUUAGUUGAUAUGAAAAUGGAUCUUCUUCAUACAGAAAACAAUUAAAUUUCAUCUUAUACGAUAUAAAUUCUUCGUCUUUAAUCUACAGAAAAUUAAUUUCCUCCUCUCAUUAAUUUUCUCUGAGAAAACCCUCAGAAUUUGUUGUUCCAUUGCUCUUAAAUCCCUGAAAUUACAGCGAGGUUUUGUUUGUUUCUCUUUUUGAUUUCUAGCUUUUUUUUUUCCUUCUCAUAUAUCUGGGUUCUUGCGUGUCAAUGCAUUCAGUGAUAUAGAGGUGUUUGUAGACUAUUCUCUGAAAAAAAAAAAAAAGGUUCCGUUUUUUUUUCUUACUUUUUCUUCCAUUUGUAGUUUUUCAGCUCAGAUCACCCACUUGUCUAAGUACUCUGUAGAUUACAUUCUUGCCUUAAAGAUUCCAUUUUUAGGCUUCUCAAAUUUGCUGUACAUAAUCUAGGGGUUGUGAGAGGACUAGUUAGAGCUACAUAUUCUAUUCUCACUGUGUGGCUGUAAAUUUUGUUGAAUUUCAUUACUUUGAAGAUGUUGGAAGGCCAGUCUUGUUUGAUUUCUAGGGCACUACCAAGCUCAUGUGAGCAGGAAACUAAGUGGGUUUACAUGACUUAUCUCAUUGAGGUAACGAAUGGUAAGCGCGGUUUUGAAGAUGAAGGGGAAGAAGAAAGUGGAAGAAGAAAAUUACCAAAGCAAUUGAUUAAGAAAUUGGGAGAGGUAACUACACAAUCGUUGAAUGAUUUUCACCUAUCUCCUACUGAUCAGCAUAAUUAUAUUAAGCAGCAUGGUAAUGGUGGUGAUCAAUCUGAUUCAAGUAACCUUAUCCAGUCUCUUGGCCGAGAUAUGUCAAUCAACUGCCUCAUCCGAUGCUCAAGGUCUGAUUAUAAUUCACUUGCUCUAGUUAAUAAAGGCUUUCAGAAUCUCAUUCGCGGUGGAGAUAUCUAUAAACGGAGGCGAGAAGGGGGCGUUAUUGAGCACUGGGUCUAUUUUUCUUGCCAUCUUCUUGAAUGGGAAGCUUUCGACCCCAACAGUCGCCUUUGGAUGCAUGUACCAAGGAUGCCUUCAAAUGACUGCUUCAUGUGUUCUGAUAAGGAGUCUUUGGCUGUGGGCACUGAGCUUCUUGUGUUCGGUAAGGAAAUAACCUCUCAUGUGAUAUGGAGUUACAGUUUGUUAACAAAUUCUUGGUCUUCUGGCAUGACUAUGAACUCCCCAAGAUGCUUGUUCGGGUCCGCCAGCCUUGGAGAAACUGCAAUUCUAGCCGGAGGUUGUGAUUCACAAGGGAGAGUUUUGAGUUCAGCAGAGCUUUAUAACUCGGCAACGGGAACCUGGGAAACUCUGCCAAGCAUGCAUAAGCCUAGGAAGAUGUGCUCUGGUGUAUUCAUGGAUAAGAAGUUUUAUGUAAUUGGGGGGAUCAAUUCGGAAUUGCUUAGCUGUGGGGAGGAGUACAAUUUAGAAACAAGGACUUGGCGUGAAAUUCCAAACAUGUUUCCUGGUCGAAAUGGACCAACUGAGGCUCCACCUUUGGUUGCUGUUGUAAAUAAUGAACUAUAUGCUGCUGACUAUGCAGAGCAGGAGCUGAGGAAGUAUGACAAAGAGAGGAACCUUUGGAACACUAUAGGCAGAUUACCUGACCGAGCAGUGUCAAUGAAUGGUUGGGGUCUUGCAUUUAGAGCAUGCGGGGAACGACUCAUCGUUAUCGGUGGGCCAAGGAUUUUGGGCGGCGGGAUCAUAGAGGUCAACUCUUGGAUCCCAAAUGAGAAUCCACCCGAGUGGACGCUUCUCGCUAGGAAGCACUCUGGGAGUUUUGUUUAUAACUGCGCCGUGAUGGGGUGCUGACAUUUCUAGACCUUGUCUUACACCGCAGGGGGCGAAGAAGCUUGAUUUCUGCAUGGCUGAUAAUUCUGGCUAGUUAGUAAUUUCACCUACCUUGCUUUUCCUCUGGAAAUCCAGUUUUAGCUCUCAAUGUUCGGAUAAGCAUGUCCACCGCAAGGAGUUCUUGACUUUUCCCCUCUCUUUUUUCCCCCUUUACUUUUGGUUCUAAUUUACUUUCUCAUUGAAUUUGCAUCUUGCUUCCUAGUGUGUAACUAUGGGAGCUUUCAGACGCAGGCAUUGUGUAGCAUAACAGAUAGGUUUUAAUAAUUUGAAGAAUCGAUACAUUGGCAGGGAUGCCAGGAAUGUUACAAGCUUCUUACCUAGGCAUCAGAAAAACAAACACUGUUAUUGAUUUUAUGAUCUGAAACAAAUGUGCUUGACUCGAUUAUCAAAAGAGUAAAUAGGUUCCGAGUGUUCUUCUUUUCUUAUUGAACUGUAGUUAUUCAUGUAAUUGGUACAUUUAUUUUUGCAUUGAUAAGUUAUGAUUUUUCGGUUUUUCAUUAGUUCUGAAUCGACUGUAGGUUGUAUUGCAGAAUUUGUUGCAUUAGCUCUGUCAAUGUGUUUGUUGUAUGGUUAUGUAGGUUGGCAUUGAUAUAUGUGCAUAUUGUCACUCAGUGAAGAAAUGAUAUCCAAGCAAUUUUAUCUCUUAA